GUACUGCAUGUACUGUAAUGUUGUAGUUGUGGCAGCUUUAAAGUCGGCAUGAACACAACACUGACAUUUGUUUUGGUAUUUCUUCUCGUUGACGCUUCCUAUGCAGAGGUGCCUAGACAGGACGACGAAACAGACAAUUUGCCUGAAAAUCCUCAGAAACUAAUACAAUCAUUCGUGGUGUUUGUUGACGGAAUAAGAAGCCCAAAAGAGAAUAUUUAUGCAGAUGAAAAUGAAUACAACAAAAAAUGGUCAAUUGAAAGAAACCAACUCACUGAGGGUGGCAAAGCAUUGAUGGAACGCGUGGGACGUAGCUUGCAGACUAGGUACAAAAGUAACAUCAUCUACAACACUGGUUUUAUCAAAGCUACUUCAAACGGUAGACCCACGGCAAAAGCAUCUGUGGAUUCAGUACUCCAUGGCAUUUACGAGGUUCCGGACGGAUUCAAGUGGAGAAUUAAGGAUAUUAAAAUUGAAGAAUUAUAUAUUGAGUCUUGGACACGCUUCCGGGGCAAUUCUGAUCUUUUCGAAACGAACCAGGAAGAUACAACAUGCAAACAGUACACACUAUUGAGAGAUAAAAUAAUACAAGGUGAGAUGAAAAAACUAUCAACCGAGCAAAAAAGUGCAAUAAAGGAGGUCAUUGAUCAGAGUACAAAAAGUGAAGUCGCAGUUAAGCCUAUAGAAACACUGGAUGAUGUAUUUGAUCUAUGGGAUAAUUUUCAAAUGAUGAAACUCAACAAAAAGGAGCUGCCAAAAUGGGUUGUUCCACUUAUGCCGAAGAUAGAGAAACUCGUUCAUCACCGGCUGUUCACGAGGGUGUAUCCUCACCUUCAGUACUAUACAGGACAAUUAUUAUAUGAGAUACUAAACUACAUGGCUAAGCAAUAUAACGACUGGAAGGACAGUUAUGAUGCUAAUGAAAACGGCGGAAAUUUGUUUGGAUCCGUACCACAAAACGAUGUCAUACAUCUCCACGGCUCUGACGACGUGACCGUAACUGCGAUGGUAUGGGCGUUAACUAAAGAUACUGAAUACAUGGCCUCUCCUGGCGACACAUUGAUUUUUGAAGUCAGUGUACCAAAAAUGAACAUAGAGUUGUUCCUGUACUCUCCAUUGAACCCAGAACACAGGUCAAAGUUCAAAGAAUUAAAGCUGAAGAAAUUUUGUAAUGAGCUGCCAUGUAACGUUGAUGAUGUAAUAAGUAAAUUGAGGUCCAACGGAUUGUAUCUUAAUCAGGAAGAAUGGGAAAAAAUGUGUCAAGGCAACUUCCUCGACAAGACUAAAUCAAAAUUGUGUGGUGUAUUGGGCUUUUAA